AUGGAACCCAAAGUCAUUGAGAUGGCAGCUCUUGGAAGGACCCUGCAUCCUGGCAUGUUGUAUGACUGCCGCAGUGAUUCAUUUAUUCCAGGAGUUACUCUAUGGGAUAAAGCAUCAUUAGAUAAAGAUGUAGAUGUUCGCCGACAGCCUAAGACCGAUCUGAAAUUUCUCGCUUCUGACUCUGUUCGUGAGAAGGCCAGUCUAAUGGAUGUGAGCGCCUCUCUUAAGGCCAGCUUCCUGGGUGGUUUGAUUGAAGUUGGUGGCUCAGCCAGAUUUAUGGAUGACAAAAAGUCUUCAGCACGUCAGUCCCGGGUUACUAUGUACUAUGGUCAAACUACGAAAUUCGCACAACUUACUAUGACCCAGCUGGGCAAAGUUACUUACCCAGAGGUGUUUGAUGACCAGACGGCAACUCAUGUUGUCACAGCUGUACUGUAUGGAGGUCAAGCUUUCAUGGUAUUUGAUCUAACAGCUGCAUCAAAUGAAAACAGACAAGAAAUUCAAGGAAACCUGAACGUAAUGGUCAAAAAGAUUCCAUCAUUUUCUGUUGGGGGAAGUGGAGCAUUAAAGAUGACAGAUCAAGAAAAACAAAUGGCUAAUAGUAUAAACUGCACUUUUUAUGGUGAUUAUGAGAUUGACACAAAUCCCACCACAUACAUGGAAGCACUGCAGCUGUACCAGAAAUUACCUUCUAUUUUAAAGCAAAAAGAAAAUGAUGCUGUACCAGUAAAAGUCUGGCUCUAUCCUCUUGCACGUUUGGAUAGUAAAGCAGCUAGGCUGGAGAGAGAAAUUAGUGACACACUGAUUUCUAAAUCAGAAGCUUUACUGGAGAAGAUUGGAGAGGCAGAUAUAAUGUGCAAUGACUUAAUUGCAAAUACAACAGCCAAUGAUUACACAGAUGUGAGACAAAGGCUGAAGACAUUUCAGGAGUCACUUAGGCUUUACAAGGGAAUGAUUCUAAAAGCCCUCAGCAAACUUAUUCCUUUGAUUCGGGGAGGGAAGGAGACAGAACAGGCUCUAGCAAACCUUCUAACCAUCCAUGACAAGUCACCGUUUACAGAAAACACAGUCAGUACAUGGUUAGAGAACAGUCAGAGUGAACUAAUUCUGCUGAAUACCUAUAGCCAGCAACUGAGUGGCAUUCAAAUUAUGAAAUCUUCAAGCUCUUUGACCAACGUUCUUAUUGAUCUUACUGUUGACACUGUGCUAUGCUUUACUUUUACUUCUCUAAAGAAUGCAGAUCCAUAUCUGUCCACAGUGAAUGAAUUCCUGAAACCGGAUGAGUUUGAAAAAUUGUCUCCAGUUCCAAAUUCAAGUGCUGAUGACAUUCAGUUCUGGUUCAGCAAUUAUGACACAGCUGCAAGGAUGAAAGAAAAUCUUCUUCUUUUUAAAAGCUUUUAUGAGUUAAAUAAGAAUAAGAAGCAAAUCAAGUUUAUCAUUGCCUCAGUUUUAGACACCUCUAACCCUGGAACCUCUAUACGCUUAUACAAAAAAGGAAAACUGGUAGACAGCAAGUUUAAACCUGUGUCCAAACCUCCUGCACUUCAAGUAGAGUUCCAAGACAAAAAUGUGAUCCUUAAGCUUCAGAAUUCCCCAACUGGAUCAACAUUGCGUUACAGAGUGGAGUACAGGACAACACAAGAUACAGGAGCUGACCCUGAAGGAUGGAAAGUCAUAGAAACUACAGAUGCUCCAGCAACAUACACUUUGACUGGAUUGAAAGUAACAAACCAGUACUGGGUCCGGCACAGAGCUUUUGAUGAUGUGGGAAUGAGUGAAGCAAGUGAUGCAGUAAACUUCUCUUUCAGAGGGAAGCUCAAUGUUGUUCCACAGCCAGGGCCCGCACAAGUGAUUGCAAUUCCUGGAGGUCUCAAAGAAGGAAUGGCUUUGUACUUUCAAGGGGAUGCUCCUGACGAUGGAGAACAAGUUACAAUGAAUCAUAAACUUGGACGGAAGGAUAAAGAUGACAUCGCUUUUCACUUAAAGCCCACUUAUAAUGUUUCAGUGACAUAUAAUAGUAGAAGAAAAGGGACGUGGGACACAAAAGAAGAGACACAAGGGUGUUCUAUAUACAAGGGAUCUGCAUUUGAUGUCUUUACUGUGUUUAAACCAGAAGGCUUUGAGGUUUAUAUAAAUGGACAGUUUAGUUUCCUUUUUAAGCACCACAUGUCAGUGGAGAGCGUGACUUACAUUGAGAUUAUUGGAGAUGUCGUAAUGAACACCGUUGGUCUUGUUCCAAACUGGAGCAAAUCUACUUUUGCUAAGGAACUUAGCGGUGGCGCCUCCCGCAAGCUCUCUUCUGACAUUCAGUCUGAUAUAAACUAUCCAGUUUGCAACCCAGUAAUUGUGAAUGGCAUGUAUUAUUGUAAGUUUAACCAUCGCGUACCAGUGGAAAAAGUGACUACACUUAACGUCCUUAAUGUCUUCAUGAACCACUUUGGCAUCAUUGAGAUAAAUGCAGCCAUUCCAGACCAUAUUUAA